CGAGGCGUGUGGAGGACACAGUCAGAAGGGUUUUAACUUCAGGAGGAGCCACACAAUUGAUAAAAGUUACCAAAAGAAGCCCUGGCGGUGUGAGUUUAUCCGUAGAAGUUACCUGUGGACCGCUGGUUUACCCCCCCGGACAGUACAUUUAUUGGUUCCGGGUGUAUCGUCUGUUUCGACCGGGCUGAUUAUACGGACGAACGAAGAUAAUCUAAACAUUCCUGAAGUGUCGAGCUGGCAAAGAUGUUUCAGAUAAAGAGGAUCUGCUGUAUUGGUGCUGGGUACGUAGGAGGCCCAACAUGCAGCGUGAUCGCCCAGAUGUGUCCAGAGAUCACGGUGACAGUUGUGGACGUCAAUGAGUCCCGCAUCAAAGCGUGGAACUCAGACACUCUGCCUAUUUACGAGCCAGGACUCAAGGAGGUGGUCGAGUCAUGCCGCGGGAGGAAUCUGUUUUUUUCUACAGACAUCGACUCGGCCAUCAGGGAAGCCGACCUCGUCUUCAUCUCUGUGAACACCCCGACCAAGACGUACGGGAUGGGGAAGGGUCGCGCGGCCGACCUGAAGUUCAUCGAGGCGUGCGCCCGGCGGAUCGUGGAGGUGUCCGACGGCUACAAGAUUGUCACAGAGAAGAGCACCGUCCCAGUCCGAGCCGCUGAGAGCAUCAGGCGGAUAUUUGACGCCAACACCAAACCCAGCCUCAACCUCCACGUCCUGUCCAACCCGGAGUUCCUCGCAGAAGGAACGGCGGUGAGGGACCUGAAGGAGCCGGACCGCGUCCUGAUCGGUGGAGACGAGACGGCGGAAGGUCAAAGGGCGAUCAGAGCGCUGUGCGCCGUGUAUGAACACUGGGUCCCCAAGACGCGGAUCAUCACCACCAACACGUGGUCGUCUGAACUGUCCAAGCUGGCAGCCAAUGCGUUCCUGGCGCAGCGCAUCAGCAGCAUCAACAGCAUCAGCGCUCUGUGCGAGGCCACCGGGGCCGACGUGGAGGAGGUUGCCAAGGCGAUCGGCAUGGACCAGAGAAUAGGCAGCAAGUUCCUCAAAGCCAGCGUGGGCUUCGGCGGGAGCUGCUUUCAGAAGGACGUGCUGAACCUGGUGUAUCUGUGUGAAGCCCUCAACCUUCCUGAGGUGGCUUCUUACUGGCAGCAGGUGAUAGACAUGAAUGAGUACCAGAGGCGGCGGUUCGCCUGCAGGAUCAUCGACUGUCUCUUCAACACCGUUACUGGCAAAAAGAUAGCUCUGCUGGGCUUCUCCUUCAAGAAAGACACCGGUGACACCAGGGAGUCGUCCAGCAUCUACAUUUCCAAGUAUCUGAUGGACGAAGGAGCCAAGUUGUUCAUCUACGACCCCAAAGUUCUCAAAGAGCAAAUCAUUCAUGACCUCUCCCAGCCGCACAUCUCGGAGGACAACCCGGAGAGAGUUUCUGAGCUGGUGACCGUGACGUCGGACCCCUACGAAGCUUGUCAGAGCGCACACGCGUUGGUCAUCUGCACCGAGUGGGACAUGUUUAAGGAGCUGGAUUACGAGAAGAUUUACAAGAAGAUGCUGAAGCCGGCCUUUAUAUUCGAUGGUCGCAGGGUGCUGGAUCACCUUCACCCUCACCUCCAGAGCAUCGGCUUCCAGAUCGAGACCAUCGGGAAAAAAGUGACGGCAACGAGAAUCCCCUACACCCCGGCUGCUGUUUGUCCUCGCAUCACUGCCAGCGAACCUCCCAUCAAGAAAGCAAAAGUCUAAACUUCUUCUCCCCCAAACACACACACACAUAAAACACAUUCCUCCCUCCACCUUAUUAUUUUCAUUCUGUCCAAGCCGUCGGAUUAAAAAGGGGAACACAGCGCGACUAAUUGCUGUCCUGCAGUGUGUUGGAUGAGGGGUAGAGGUUAGCGGAGUCAAAGCCUGAGCAACUGUGAAUAACUCUUUGGAUGAAUCCGGAUGAAAAAAUCCGGAUGAAAACAAAAAAAAACAACAAAUCCGUUCCAGAUAUUCAAGUGUUUCAUUCAUAGCAUUUCAGAAACUCUGCCUGUUACUGUACUCAUUUCAGAAGAACACUAUACGCCAGUGUCUUAAAGUAUUACCUUUACAAUCAGGUAGUGUUUUUUUUUAAUUGCAAAAUUUUAUACUAUUUUUUUAUAAAUGAUCGUACCGUGUGUUAAAUCAGUAAUGUCUUCUGUAUCCGUGGCUGUUUACUUCAAACGGCCAAUGCAAUAAAGUGAAACAUCUGUCUUUUAA